CACAAAAAGUCCCGCCUGGGAUGUAAAGAAUGCAAAGAGCGAAAAGUCAAGUGUGAUGAGUCACAGCCGAUUUGCAUUAGAUGCAAGACCGCGGGAAGAAAUUGUUCUUAUCGAGAUCUAGUUAGCAGUCUGCCGACGCCACCAGCACAAACACCGGCACACCUGUCCACACCUCAAGCUCCGAGCCCCCAAUCCUCGGUUUCCUCCAGUCGACAAUUACAACCGCCCUCAGCAGUACCAGAUCCUCCUGGCGCGACUACCUCAUUGAAUCUAUCAGAGCUGUCUGAUGAUUUCUUCUCCGAACGCUUCAGUUUGUUCCACUUCGAUCUACUCCUCUUCUUCAAGGGAGCACUCACGGAUGUCCUCGUUGCUCUGCAGUCGGAAAUGGGGCCAAUCAUGUGUCUGACGUAUGCUGAAGCGUUGAAGGCGCCAUAUUUGAUGGACCAAGUCUUGGCCUUCACCGCGGCCUACAAGAGCACAGUCACCAUCAACGAAGAAACAAAGGCACUGUACCUCACUCAAGCAACGGGCCUACAGACGAGGGCUAUAGGUCACCUGGAUUUCAGCGGAUUCCAAGUCAACGAAGACAACGUGAUGGCUCUCUUCUGUUUCAGUCUUCUGCUUGGUCAACAAACCUUGUUUGAAGCCUUCGCCGCAGCAACCUCGAUACCUACCGUGCUUGACAAGCUCGUUCAGUGCCUGACACUUCAUCAUGGAAUCCGUGGCAUUGUUGCAGAAGCCAUGGGCAAGUUUCAUGGCCAUAUGCAGAAGGUUCUUCCACAUAACCCGGCAUACUCUAUGGAGAAUGGCACUCAAGUCCUUCGAGGCAACGAGUGUGAUAGCUUGCUCCAGCGGCUGACUGAGAAUGAGAUGAAUGAACAAACGAGGGAUGUUUACAUAGAUGUUGUAAAGAUCCUGCAGUAUCUUUUCGAUUCUGUACGUUCGGAGGAAAGUCGCAGGCUCAUCGUCAUCCAGGAAUGGCCCGUUCGAGUGUCGCAGGAGUACAUCAGACUCCUGCAACAAAGACGUCCAGAGGCUCUGGUCCUGUUGUCUUACUAUGCCGUGCUACUGCAUUGGGCAAAAGACUACUGGGCUGUGGGCGGCUCUGGAGAGUUCCUCAUUAAGGCAACUUCAGAUCACCUUGGGACGUACUGGAAAGAAUGGCUUGAAUGGCCGAAUGACAUGUUGAAG